AUGUUGGAUGAAUCAUCCAGUUCUGAUGAGUCUAGAGCAACUGAGUUACCUGUGAGUUCGGAGGAUGAAUGCGAAGAGGUAACAGACGCAAAAGUUUUGCCCAAUAAGGUACUUGUAGUCUUUGAAGGUGAGAGUACUUUGUUUAGGGACCAGUUAUUGGACACAGUGUUUGGCGUACAAGAUCAGGGGAACAUUGUGAAGCAGUUGUCAUGGGAUACCAAGUACUAUGCAGUUGAAUAUGAUCUAUAUGUUGAUGAGUGUGUUGACAUUCAUGGUUGGCUUAAUGAAGUCAACUCCGAUGACUAUGAAGAGCUUAGAGAUUUACUGACCAUGAUCAUAAUAGUACGAUCAUUUGACUCUACUCAGGAUACAAAGGAAUACAAUUCUGUUCUUUAUGAUUUCAUUCAAGGAAAUUCAGUUAGCGUUAUUAGUGUCAACACUAACUCUGCUAGACAAGUAAAAGAUACUUAUGAUGAGUUUCUGGAGUUAGAUGCUUCAAGUAUAGAAUUUAUAAACUAUCAUGACGAUAGGGUCGAGAAAGAAACCAAUGAAUGCAAAGGUAUGGCUCGCUUAAAAGAGAUUAUAGACACACAUCCGUGGACUGACUGCAAGGUAGUACUCAAAAAUAAAGAGAGUACUUCUGAUAAAGUGAAUAAACCUGAUCUGGAAUACCUGAUCGACACACUGAAGAAGGCAAAGAUUCAUUACCAAAAGUUAUCCAAUGGUUCCGAUGGUUUUAGUGAGGAAGCCGAGCAGUUCGCUUUGCAAAUGGCCACCGAUAUUGCAAACAACUUAUAA